UUCUUCAGUAAGGCAUUCAAACGUUGUUUCUGGAAAUAAUUUGUAUGUAAAAUAUAAAAACAUAACUAUACAAUAUAUACAAAUGACAAACAGGUAAUAACCAACCCCACACCGAGUUUCUACACCCUUGACAUUAAUUAGCGAGGCUGGGUCAAGAUCCAGAGCCACUUUCAAGCCACACCGUUUGAAACACUAUCAUGCAGAGGCAUUAUUAUUUAGAAAACAUCGAUAUCGGUAACGGUUGCGAUGCCCCUGCUAUCGUGUCAAAGCCAAAAGGUAAGCAGAGCUGCAUUUAGUUUUGUUGGAUGUACAGAUUAGUGAAGGGUGACGGCGUUAGCUUCUGAUAGGCGCCACAUAGUAAAGUUGACGUGUUGGCGGUUGGUAUUUGUGUUUGGUGAUGUGUCCAUGCGCCACAUACACACAUUGUAGUUUUGUGAACUGCUGCUGCUAGAAAUAGUCUCAUCGUCAUUGUGGCCACUCGCUCUUCACCUGGACGUCAUGGUAACGAAAGCUGGACUCGCCAUGGUAGCCGAGCACUGUAUGGGCUGGGAAGAGGGCUGGCACGCUUCGAUGAGACAAAGGGGCUAAUUUCAGCAGGACAAGAAAUAGUGUGUCAAGUGGUACACACAGCUAUAAUUUGUGAUCCUUAGGCUAUUUUGAGGAAAGCAUGUCAGAGACAUGUUAUUAGGUCACCUGGAAACUGUAUAACACGUCUCCUUUAAGACUGAUCCAAUGUGCAGUAGUUUUGCAGUACAGUGAACCGCCUCUUUCUGUAUCGGGGCAAUUACUUUUUCACACGGGGCCAGGUAGCUUUGAAUAUUGUUUUUUUUCCCUUACUAAAUAAAGUCACCAUUUACAAACAGCAUUUUAUGUUUACUUGGGUUAUCUUUGUCUGAUGUUUACAUUUGUUUGAUCAUCUUAAAGUGGGGAAACUAUUUGAGGGGGGGCAAAUAAUUUUUCAUCGCACUGUAAUUUGCCAGAUAAAUCCAUUGACAAACAAUCAAACUUACAACUUUUGCUUUUUCCUUGUGUCAUAGAUGAACAGAUGAUGCAUGAUCUUCUCUCUUCCACUGCUUCUGUCAUUUCGGCUGAGGUAGUAGAUUGAAUAGUUGUGGGGUUUGUGUCCCCUCUGAGAUAACUAUACAAUCUACUGUCUUUGCCCGUGAGACAGCUUGCUCGCCGACAACAUGACAAAAAUACAAACAAACAUAAAAAAAUCCAACAAAGUGAGCCCAUCCUCUCUUCGCACUAAACUCUAUGGUGAGUGGAGCCUAGCGAGGUGAGGUAGUAGGUUGUAUAGUUUGUGGGAUGCAGCCGGUCACCCCCAAGAGGUGAUAACUAUACAGUCUAUUACCUUCCUUGAGGGGCACAAAGUGAAGCUGAUAGCACGCUGCCAUCGUUGGGAACAAUUUGUGUUUUGUGGGGACUUAAUGCUCAUCAAUUGCAUCAUUUUUUAUAAAUGUGCAGCUCAACCUUGUGAUGCUGGCGAAAUAAAGAACAGUUGGCUAUCAAGUUUCAAAGGUGUAUUUUAAUUUAAAAAAGAAAAAAAAGUGGUUUCUAUUUGUUUGUCAGUAUGUGCACGAGAAAUUUGAGCUCUUAUUUUGACCACAAAAAUGCACACAUGCAUUCAUAACUGGGCCAAGAGAAUGAAGAAGUUGAAGUUCAAAUAUGCAAAAUACUUUUCUCAAAAUCAGCUUCUUUUCUUCCCCUCUGUGCACACCACAUUGUGACUCGUAUGAACAAAACCACAGCGCUUAACCAAAAUAUUUUUUUUAUGUUUCUCUAGUGUUAAAUACAGCAGCAUGUAGGAGCUCUUGAACCAAAAAAAUGAAAAAAAUAUCCUUAUUAUGGUCAUCCAUGAAUUCCUUUUUCGUCCAAAACCCCUAGAAAAAAAUAGUAUAGUACAUCAUUAUUAUUUUUGUUAUCAUAUUAUGAUUAUUAUGUUUACGUGCAUUCCUGAACAUAAAAAUUAGCUUAAGAGGUUAAAUUUAGGUAUGACAAGGUGAAUUAAAGGUAUGACAAGGUGAAUGUGAGUGCAAAUGGUUGUUUGUUUCUGUGUGCCCUGCGAUUGGCUGGCAACCAAGUCAGGGUGUACCCCGCCUCCUGCCCGAUGACAGCUGGGAUAGGCUCCAGCACGCCCGCGACACAUGUGAGGAGAAGCGGCUCAGAAAAUGGAUGGAUGGACGGAUGGUGCUGGAUCCUUUCGUUAUUAUUAAGCACAUGGGAAAAUUCAUUAAAAGUUAAUUGGCUUAAAAUAGGCACCGCGGUCCACUAGUGGUUAGUACGUCUGCCUCACAGUUCUGCGAUUCGGGGUUUGAAUCUAGGCUCCAGACUCAACAUUGCCCACAGGUCUGAAUGGUUGUUUUGUUUGUCUAUAAUGUUUCCUUCAAUUUGGCUGGUGAUAAGUCAGCUGGGAUAGGCUCCAGCUCACCCGUGACCCUAAUGAGGAAAAGCGCAAAAGAAAAAUGGAUGGAUGGCUUGCGCUAUAAAUAAAGGAAUGAUCUGUAUUAAACUGCAACUACCAUUUUGUCCUGCUCAAAAUAUCUCUCGUAAAAAUGUCAAAAAAGUCCAGGUCUCCAGACUGCACACGAGUGAUGUCACGUCCGUCUGCUUCCGGUGAGCCAUACAUGUCAAGUACAUAGAACUUUGUGAGUAAAAGUGAAAGUAAUUCCAGUCAUGUGAUGCACCCUCUCUGGAGAAGUGCAACUGGAAGAGAAGCCAACAUGAGAUGUGAAAGUUGGCACUUGAACACGUGGAAGUUGUCCGACCAGACACACAAGAAACGCAUCUCUGCGUUUUCCUAACAUUAGAUCACAUGAAACCAAAACUUCCUGUAUUUCAUGCCCUGUUUGGACACAUGACCAUUCUGCCUGCAGGAAGUGAAAAUAAGCUUCCUCUCCUCUGGGAAGACUUUCUGCAAGAUGUCUUUCGGUCAUGCUGCAGAAAUAAAAAGGGCCUUCCUCAAACUGUUCCUAGGAAGUUGGAAGCAUACCACUGUCCAAAAUGCCAGGAAUAGAUUAAGAUUUAAGCGGGGUACAUACAACAAACCGAUAAUCGAGCAAAACAAUUGAACACUAUGAGCCCUAUUUUUGUGAACGCCGUCAAUCUGGCACGGUGGCCAGCGCACCGGUUAGAUCAGUGUUGUUAAUUACGUAAACGAGGGCAGCCGGGCAGAUCUGAGUGCGGGCGGGCUGCCCCACUAUGAGAGCGUUUACCGACGAACUAAUUCACCGCCAAUCAAAGCAGCUCCUCUCAUUCCCUGUUAAUGUGGCACAACUGACAGUCUCGACGGCGACAUCUCCGUGCAGAAGAGGACGAUGCGUAAUCGCAGGGAUCCGUGGGCGAGUGGAGCAUUGUCACUGCUCUGGCCGUAGUGUGGCAACAGACAAUGUGAGCAGGUGUCCGUAUUGAAUACAGAAUGAGCUGGUCAUAACCCCCGGUGACUUAAAUAUGUACACAGAGCUUAGUAUCUGUCUGCCUGUGCCCCGAUCAAAUGCACCAAAAUCGCGUUGCAACAGUGCUCUACCUUGCGCCAGGAGUGUCUGCCACCAAAUUGUUACUCGGCCAAGUGCAUUUCCAAGGACACUCCCUCUGCUGCGCCGGAACGCCCAGCUUUGUGCAGACUGCUCUGCCAAAUUGGCAAACAGCUCUUGCACAAAAGCCAGCAUCCGCUGGCAUUUCCACCCUGCCGCAGAUGCGUCGUCUACGAAAAUAGAGCCCAUUGAAUCCCAAAUUGGGCGCCACAUAGUCCUCAGUCUUGGUAAUUAUGAUCAAACGUAUAAUGCAUUUAGAAACUUUACAGGGUAUUUAAUUGUGUUAUUGAUCUUCUACAGAGUUAUUUGUCUCCGAUCCCUUGGUUAUGGUUUCGGUGCAUAUUAGCACCAAUUCGCUUAUGCGUCAUAAUGCUCAUUCGCUCGUGCAUAAUAGCACUCAUUCAAAGAAGAAAAAAAAAAAACUACGGCCCGCUUCCUGACUAAGCAAAUUCACAAGUGUUAAAGUGUGUCACUUGACUUCCUCAUAUAGUUCAAGCCAGAGAUGAACACUUGUCACUGUGCCGCACGGCGAGCCACACAGGAGACGCCAUGCACGCGGCCGAGGUGGCCUACGCCUCGUUGGAGUUGCUCAUAGCUGUCUGCUGCUGCCUAGGCAACGCUCUAGUUAUCGUCGCCGUGUGGACCACAAAAAGCGUCGGGCAGCCCACCUUCUGUCUGAUCGUGUCGCUGGCGGCGGCCGACUGCGCGGUGGGCCUGGUGGCCAUCCCGUUGGCCGUGCUGGUGGACGGCAGGGCGAUCACGUCUUUUCGCGCCUGCCUCUUCAUCAGCUGCGUGGUCAUCCUCUUGACCCUGGUGUCCAUUCUGUCCCUCAUGUCUAUCGCGCUGGACCGCUUUCUCCGGGUCUACAUCCCUCUCAGGUACAAACGGACGGUCACACAGAGACAUUCAUGGUGCACGGUUGCUGCGUGUUGGCUUGUCGCUCUGCCUCUGAGUUUCGCGCCCAUGCUGGGCUGGCACAACGAAGACGCCACCUCCCACGGUUCCCCCAACUCUACGUUCACUUGCCAGUUCAUCGCCGUGAUCCCCAUGUCCUACCUGGUCUACUUCAACUUCUUCCUCUGCACCCUGACGACGCUGUUAGUCAUGUUGGCGCUGUAUGGCUACAUCUUCUGCGUCAUUCGCGGCAACCUCCGAGAGAAGCCGGGCAACGGAGCCCAGGCCAAAUCUAACAUCUACCUGAGGAAAGAGAGGCAGCUGGCGAGCUCUCUUGCCCUGGUCUUGGCCCUCUUCGCCAUUUCCUGGAUCCCGCUCCACGUGCUGAACUGCGUCGCCUACUUUGAAACGGCCGAGGUGCCGGCGAGCGCUUUCCACGCGGGCAUCCUGUUGUCUCACGCCAACUCGGCCGUGAACCCGGUGGUGUACGCCUUUAAGAUACGCAAGAUCAGGGCGGCCUACCUGAAGAUCUGGAGGAGAUUCCUCACGUGCGGGGACGAGCUCCAAGGCUCUCAGUCCAGCCAGACCACGGACAACAACCCAAGUAGCAACAGCGUGGACUUCAAUGUGCAAUUGAAUGCUUAAAGGGGUCAUUUUAUGGAGAAUUUACUUUUUAAAUGCUUGUACACAGACAGUUGACCAUCAAAUGGAAAUUAAAACAAACAAACAAAAAAAGCAAAUCUUUUGUUAUCAACCUACUUCUGAAAACACUGCCGCCCAACUGUUAUGUCACAGUGUGGCAGAGUCACAUAAGUCUGCGGUGACUUCGCACAAGCGCCAUUCAUCUGCAGUCUGGACUACACUGUCCGAAACGGGCCUAUCAUGCAGAAACACCCCCAUUCCCGUGGCUGCGACACCCCUGCUAGCAUGUUAAGCCAAAAGGUAAGCAGAGCUGCAUUGAAUUUUGUUGGAUUCACAGAAAAAGUGUGAGCUGAGCAGCAUUUACUUGACUAUGCUUGGUGAAGUUUUUUGUUUUGUUUUUUUAAGUGCUCUAUGAAUAAAAUUGAGUUGAGACUGUGACUUGCAGUGAAGUUGUCGAUGUGAUAAUAGUGUAUUUGUGAAGAGGUGCCUCUAUGAGCUAA